AUGCUCUUCUUCAGCUUUUUCAAAACCCUUACAAACCACACGGUUAUCAUUGAGCUUAAGAAUGAUAUCCGAAUUCGUGGCACCCUCAAGAGCGUCGACCAGUAUUUGAACGUGAAGCUCGACGAUAUCGAGGUCAUAGAGCUCGAGAAAUACCCUCAUCUCUCUAGUGUGAAGAACAUUUUCGUUCGCGGAAGUGUGGUUAGAUAUAUUGUUUUACCGCAAGAUGCUGUGGAUAGAGGUUUAUUGGAAGAUGCAACGAGGAGAGAAGCUGCAAGCCAAGCGAAUAAAGCAAAAUGA